UCUUUUUAUCGGAAAUGUUGCUUCAUCUAUUAUUAUUAUUUUGCGGAAGAUUCAGUUAUUAACUGUGAACAAACUCUUGUCCUGUUUUGUAGGAGGCUCUGUCUCACUAACCAGGAGAAACAGUUUCCCCAGGCCAACGGCGACAGGGUAACCGCCACGACCUCACCGUCUUCCUCGCGAUUCGGACCCUAGCUUCAUCGCUCCUUUGCUCUUGCUUCGUGGCUUGGGUGUUCGAGCGCGAGCGGAGGUGAUGGAGGGGGACCUGGCGUUCUUCUCGCCACUGAGGCCGUCCCGCCUCUCCUUCGAGGGCCGCGAUGGCCGCGGCUUCGGCUCGCCGACAUGGGCAUCGCAGCUGGGGACGCUGCGCGACUCGUCGCCCUCAUCGUGCGUCUCCGACGGCCGUGGCGGCGGAAACGGCCGCUCGGGCUUCAGCUCGCCGACAUGGGGAUCGCCGCUGGAGACGCUGUUCAACGCGCCCUCAUCGUGCGUCUCCGACAGACAUGUCGGUGGCAACGGCUCCGGGUUCAGCUCGCCGACAUGGGGGUCGACACUGGAGACGCUGUUCAACUCGCCCUCAUCGCGCGUCUCCGACAGCCCUGGCGCUGGCAAUGGCUCCAUGUUCAGCACGCCCAAGCAGGCAUCGCCUCUGGAGACACUGCUCAACUCGCCCUCAUCGUCAUCGUGCGUCACCGACAGCCGUGGCAGUGUCACUGGCUCCGUGUCCGGCACGGCGAAGAUGGCGUUGCCGCUGGAGACACUUCUCAACUCCCCCUCAUCGUCCAUCUCCGACAGCCGUGGCGGUGGCAGCGGCUCCGGUUUCAGCACGACGAAGAAGGCGUCUCCGCUGGAGCCGCUUCUCAACUCGCCCUCAUCGUCCGUCUCAGACAGUCGCGUCUGCGGAAACAGGUCUUCACCCGGGAUCUCGAAGGAGCGGGACAGCGAGCAGGUGAAGAAGGCGGAGUCUCUCCUGCGCGCGAUCACCGAGCGCUACGAGAACUGCUUCUUCCGCCUGCGAGACACUACAGCCGAGCUCGCCGACCUCCGCCUCGAGCGCGUCCGCCUCGGUGCCGAGAACCUGCACCUCUCCCUCCUCCUCGAAGAGCUCGAUGCCGCUGAGCAGAGUAAGCAGGCGUCAGCGGUGGUUCUGACUCCGCCACCGAAGCCAGCGCAGGCUGAAGCUGCAAGCACCCCGAAGAGCAUCUCCAUACGUUCGAAGGGCUUCCUCUCGAAGAAUCAGCCGCAGGGCGUGGCCACACCACAGCGCCUCCGAGUUCGCGCGUCUCAGGCGAUGGAGGACGCAGGGGAGAAGGAGAAGGAGAAGGAUGACGGGGAGGUGGAGGUGGAUGCGUUCCGGCAGGGCGCCAUGAAGACGGAGCUGUGCAACAAGUGGGAGCGCGGCGCGUGCCCCUACGACGGGCGUUGCAGGUUCGCGCACGGCAUGGAGGAGCUGCGCCCGGUGAUCCGCCACCCGCGCUACAAGACCCUCCCGUGCCAGUUGUUCGCCGCCGGCUCUGGCUGCCCCUACGGCCACCGCUGCCACUUCCGCCACUCCAUGGCGCCCACUGCCGAGUCCUGCUAGGCCGUCGGCGACCGUCCGCCUCCUACUGCCGCCGAGUAAACCCAAUGCUUCUUCUCCCCUCCUGUGCUUAUCGCUUCAUCUGUCAUUCAUACUAUCAGUUAGCUAAAUAAAGUACAGCAUGAUGCAUGCAUUAGUUAUUAAGAUCAUGUUAUUAGCUUAAUAAAGUAGUAAUACUGCCAAGGCCAAGUGAUGGGUCAGGGUUGAUGGGCCAAUGGCUUAGUAUGGAAUUGAUGGGCCAAACUGAUGGGUCAGGGUUGAUGGGCCAAUGGCUUAGUAUGGAAUUGAUGGGCCAAACGGGCAGUGAUAUGAUGUGAAUAAGAUGGGCCAACGGCCGUGUAUGAUGUGUAAUUGCCUUGGGAAAAACACUAGUGACAUGUCUGGGAACCCUUAAUAAAGCUUUGUAUGUGGACUGGGCCAUAAUAUUGUGAUUUUUCUCCCGGAA